AUGGCGGCAGUUGACAGUUUCGAAUAUUUAUUUCAUGAAAUAUCCAUGGUUUGUCGGUCUACUAGGGAUUCACUGGCCUUGAUCGGUGGCUUGUAUGCCUCACGGAAGACGUUACAGUUUAUUUAUUGUGUACUAAAGGCGGGGAAUGACCAUUUACUAAGUAAAUUGUCACGGUGGAGUAAUCUGAAGAGGCGAUUUGGCCAAUGGGCCGUGGUUACAGGAAGCAGUGAAGGAAUUGGACGAGCCUAUGCACGAGAGUUAGCCGGCCGUGGCCUCAACAUCAUCCUGAUCAGCAAAAAAGAGAAUCGCUUAUACAGGACAGCCAAAGACAUAGAGGAAAAAUAUGGAGUACAAACCUGUGCUUUGGGAAUCAACUUUAAUGAAGGACAGGAAAUUUACCAGGAAAUAUGGGAAGCAAUCAAAGACAAAGAAAUUGGAAUACUAGUUAAUAAUGUUGGAGUGAUGUAUGAUUACCCACAGCCAUUUCUAGAGGUUCCAACAGAGAUGUUAUGGCAGUUGAUUAAUGUGAAUGUAGCCACAGCAACUAUGAUGACCCAUAUGAUUUUACCACAGAUGGUUCAAAGAUGUAAAGGUGCUGUGGUAAUGGUAUCAGCAGGCUCCUGUGAUAAAAUCACGCCACUGACAACUGUGUAUUCUGCAACCAAGAGUUUCCUGGAUUACUUUGCCCGAGCCAUACAGUACGAGUACAAAGACAAGGGGAUCAUCGUCCAGUCGUUGAUGCCCUUCUAUGUGGCCACCAGGAUGACACGCUUCAGUGAAACCCUGUCUCGCCCCAGCAUCAUGAUUCCCUCUGCUGCUGAUUAUGCCCGUCACGCUAUCACCACCCUAGGCUAUACCAGUCGGACGACAGGAUACUGGCCUCAUACAUUACAGGGAUGGAUCAUCCAGUGUAUUCCUGACAGUCUGUGGAUGUGGGGUGCCUCCAGACUUAACUAUGCCUUCAAACGUCAGACUGAUGAACGCAUCAAACGGCGAUCUCUACGACUAAUGCACAGUGACCAGUCACAAGAAUCAGACUCCUGACCAAGUGUUCAUGUUAUUUAGGAAAAAACUAUUUCAACUCUUAAUGAAAUAAUGAUUUUAGAAAAGUUGUUAUUAAUUGAAAGUGCAAAUAAUUACCAAAGUGCAUCUGAAAAAAAUUGGUGAAUACCAUUUUCUGGUAUUAAAUAUUUGGAUCUACUCUGAUCAGAUUUAGGUAUACCAUUGAAAGUAAAUUCAAGUAAACAUUAAAAAUCAUAACCACGGAAUUAGAUUAAAUCCAUGAUCAUAACAAAUUAAACAUUCUCGAAACUGCAAAAAUUGAUGAUGCACAAAGGUCUUUUAAUAUUUACUAGAACCAAAUGAUGCAGCAAAAACUAAACAAAGACAAAUCUGUGUAUAAGACCUGUUGUGUAUCUGUGAAGGGGCUCACACAGAUGAUCUGUGUAUAAGACCUGUUGUGUAUCUGUGGAGGGGCUCACACAGAUGAUCUGUGUAUAAGACCUGUUGUGUAUCUGUGGAGGGGCUCACACAGAUGAUCUGUGUAUAAGACCUGUUGUGUAUCUGUGGAGGGGCUCACACAGAUGAUCUGUGUAUAAGACCUGUUGUGUAUCUGUGGAGGGGCUCACACAGAUGAUCUGUGUAUAAGACCUGUUGUGUAUCUGUGGAGGGGCUCACACAGAUGAUCUGUGUAUAAGACCUGUUGUGUAUCUGUGGAGGGGCUCACACAGAUGAUCUGUGUAUAAGACCUGUUGUGUAUCUGUGGAGGGGCUCACACAGAUGAUCUGUGUAUAAGACCUGUUGUGUAUCUGUGGAGGGGCUCACACAGAUGAUCUGUGUAUAAGACCUGUUGUGUAUCUGUGGAGGGGCUCACACAGAUGAUCUGUGUAUAAGACCUGUUGUGUAUCUGUGGAGGGGCUCACACAGAUGAUCUGUGUAUAAGACCUGUUGUGUAUCUGUGGAGGGGCUCACACAGAUGAUCUGUGUAUAAGACCUGUUGUGUAUCUGUGGAGGGGCUCACACAGAUGAUCUGUGUAUAAGACCUGUUGUGUAUCUGUGGAGGGGCUCACACAGAUGAUCUGUGUAUAAGACCUGUUGUGUAUCUUUGGAGGGGCUCACACAGAUGUGGCACUUCACCACAUUGAUUUCCAUUUUUCAACAUGUGAUCUAGAGUUGUGUAUAUUCUCAGUUGUGAUUUAUAUACAGAUGUGUGCUUUCCUUGUGUCCUCCUUAUUUCUCAUGUUGCCAAAUAGUGUUCUCCUGUUUUAUAACCUUCCAGCGAUAUAUAGUUAUGUUUUCAUAUAUAAUACCCUAAAUACCAUACCUAAAAUAUCAUAUUAAUUGUUUUUGUUUCUCAGUACUUAAUUGAACCAUUAAUGUACAUUCUACACUCAACACAUGUACAGAUGUUUCCAUAAAGCUGAAAGUUUCAUUAACUCCCCUCUAUUGAUGAGAUGACUUGUAUUUUUGUUGAGCUUUAAUUUCUAUUGGUUAGAGAAGUUGUUGUGUAUCAUUUUUAACUGUUUCUGUAGCAUAUUUGUAUUUACUCAAACAAUUCUUGUUUGCCGCAUGAUUGCAAAUAGGUUGUCAAUUUCCAGUUCUGUUUUGUAUUGACUGUUUCAUUAAAAACAAGUUAUUUAAAAGUGAAUAUCAUAAUUUUAGUGUAAAUUGGGUCAAAUUUAACUGAAAGGUUCCUAAACAUGCUUGCCUUUGACUCUUCUGUAACCAGCCCCAGAGGUCUUCAUCAUGCAGUUAGCAGUAACCAAAAUUUGUUUGGGCGAUAAGUUUUGGUUAAUUGUCUUCAGAUACAGAAGUAUGACUUUAAUUAGCACAAAAGUUUUCAGUUUAUCCAAGGUCAAGGUCACUGUUGCUAUAUAUAGACAAGA